AUGUCUUUGACAUUACCCUUUGCACUGAAUUUAUCGGCAGUCGGGUUGGUGGAUGGGAUGUCUCAAAUAAGACAUCCAUGUCCGACCAUAGGCAGAUUAGGCUCAGCAAGCGGAUGUGCGGGCAAAGCUGGAAAAGCUGGAGAGGUUGGUCUGCCUGGAAGUGACCGGGGCAAAGCGGACGGCUCCUACCGCUGCGUUGGAGGUGAUGAUUGGGUUACCACCACUGCACCACCAUAUAUUGAAGGAAGCUCAGCAACGGGAAACCACCUCAUAAACGUAUUCCCUAGUAAAUCACCUUCAAAUAAAAGUAAAAAAUUAGCAGUCGCAACAUGGAAUGUAAGAAGUUUAGCCAUGCCGGGAAAAUUGGAAAAUUUGGAAAAAGAGAAAAAAAGGUUAAACCUGGACAUCAUAGGUAUCAGCGAAACGCAUAUGAUUGGCAACGAUGAACGUGAAACAGAAGAAAAUUAUUUGUUCUACUCGGGUCCGGAUGCAAAUCAUCCAAAACGAAACGGUGUGGGAUUUCUAAUUAGCAAACACUUAAAAAAUCACGUUAAUUGUAUAAUCCCAAAAUCGGAUAGAUCUACGGAGCGUAGUGGAGUGGGAGCCACUGCAGAAAAGGACGAUGAAGAGGUUGAAAAAUUCUAUGAAGAAAUUAAGGUAUUAUUAAAAAAUGCAAGUAAAGAAGAUUGUUUAGUUGUUUUAGGUGACUUCAACGCGAAAGUCGGUAAUGAAGAAGUGAAUAACGUAGCAGGCAAAUAUGGGUUAGGUCAGCGAAAUAUGAGAGGAUCAAAAUUGAUUGACUUUUGCAUCGAGAACAAUUUAGUAGUAGCGAAUACAUGGUUCCAGCAGCCAAAAAGAAGACUGUAUACGUGGACCGCUCCUGGGUCGACAAAUUCAAGAAUAAUCCAAAACAGCGAAAAUAAAAAUAGAAUCGCCAGCAAAAUCAACGAUGAACUAGAAUCAAUGGAGGAGACGAUAGAUGGAGAGAACGACUGCAACAAGGCGUGGAUACACUUCAAGACACCGCUCAACCAAGCCGUAAAAGAUUUGCAAAACGUAGAACAAAGACAUGCCAGGACAAAAUGGAUGACCCAAGAAAUUCUAAUCAUGAUGGAAGAGAGAAGAAGAUGGAAACAAAUAGAUCACGCAAAAUACAAAGAAAUUAACAAAACAAUAAAAAGAAAAAUUAGAGAUGCGAAAACACAUUAUUGGGAAAAUGAAUGUAAAGAAAUCGAGAAUCUGGAUAGAAUAGGAAACAGCGCUCAAUUACAUAAAAAAAUAAAAAGUAUCACGAAUUCGGAUAAAAAAAAAACACCAAAGGAGUACUAA